AUGUCGAACUCGGCCGUCGUGAGAUGGACGGUUGGCCUCUCGGCUGCCGUGGCAGGCGUUUUUGCCUUUGCCGUUGUGCGUCUCCAACAGCCCCUGUCCGAGGCAGAUGUCGAUGGCCCGCAGACAUACUGCUACCAGGGCGUCCGCACUCACGAUGACGAGCAACCCACGGCGCAAUGCUUCACCGUCGAGGACGGCAAGUUCUCAAGAGUUUUUGCCUGGGAUGAUGCGAGCCUGACGACCACGCCCGGCUUCGUGAUUCCCGGUCUUUGGGAUGGGCAUGGCCACCUGCUUCAGUACGGCGAGUUUCUGCACUCUGUCGAUCUUUUUGGCGCCGCCUCCUUUGAUGAUGUUCGAGGUCGCCUCCGAAACUAUGUCGAUGCCAAUCCUGAUGCUGGGACCAGUGAGGAGUGGAUUCGGGGUGUGGGCUGGGACCAGAAUGUCUACGGCCGAAUGCCGACGGCGGUUCGUUCACCUGUUCCCCCUUUGUAG